AUGGUGUGCUGUUUGACUGUCCACAAGAGGUGCCACGAGCUCGUCAUGUUCUCCUGCGCUGGAGCAGACAUGGGUCCAGACAGUGAUGAUCCUCGACUGAAACACAAGUUUCAGGUUCACUCCUACAUCACGCCAACCUUCUGUGACCACUGUGGGUCGCUGCUCUCUGGCCUCCGCAACCAAGGGAUGAAGUGUGCCUCCUGUGACAUGAGCGUACACAGCAAGUGUGUGACCAAGGUGCCCAGUCUGUGUGGGACUGACCGCACAGAGAGCAGAGGCCGACUCUUCCUGAAGGUGGAGGCAAGUGAUGAUAAACUGAAUAUCACAGUUGGUGGGGCUAAGAACUUGACCCCCAUGGACCUGAAUGGACAGUCAGACCCAUAUGUUAAACUCAGGCUCAUCCCAGUCCUCCAAUGUGAUUCCAAGCUAAAGACCAAGACCAUCCGAGGCUCUCUCAACCCCACAUGGAAUGAACCUUUUACUUUGAAACUAGGGCCAGCAGACAAAGAUCGUAGACUGUCAGUAGAAGUUUGGGACUGGGACCGAACAUCCAGGAACGACUUUAUGGGAUCCAUGUCCUUCGGAGUAUCAGAGCUCCUGAAGUCUCCAAUCUGUGGCUGGUACAAGUUAUUGUGUCAGGUAGAGGGUGCAUUUUUCAAUGUUCCACUCUCAGAGGAAAACGAUGGAAAUAAAGAACUUCGCCAGAAAUUGGAGAAAGCCAAGCGAGGCCCAGGAGAGAGGAGACUUUCAGAAAGCCCUGCCAUCCAGCGGUCGUCCACCAGCAUGAACCGGGUCAGUGACUUUAACUUCCUCACUGUGUUGGGGAUUGGGAGCUUUGGCAAGGUUAUGUUAGCAGAGAUGAAGACUUCUGGGGAGCUGUAUGCUAUAAAGAUCCUGAAGAAAGAAGUGGUGAUUCAAGGUGAUGACGUAGAGUACGCACUGAUGGAAAAGAGGGUUCUGGCUCUCCAGGACAAGCCACCCUUCAUCACCCACCUGCACUCCUGCUUCCAAACAGCGGAACGUCUGUUUUUUGUAAUGGAAUAUGUCAUUGGAGGAGAUUUAAUGUUCCAUAUUUAUAAUUUUGGCAAAUUUAACGAACCUCGGGCAAAGUUUUACGCUGCACAGAUUGCACUUGCACUCUUUUUCCUUCACUGCAAAGGUGUCAUCUAUAGAGAUCUGAAGUUGGACAAUAUAGUCCUUGACUCAGAGGGACACAUCAAGCUAACAGACUUUGGCUUAAGCAAGGACAACAUGGUGGACGGAGUGACCACUGACACAAUCUGUGGAACCCCUGACCACCUCGCUCCAGAGAUGCUUAAAAACGAGCCAUAUGGACGGACAGUGGACUGGUGGUCGUAUGGAGUCGUGCUCUAUGAAAUGCUGGUAGCACUUCCCCCGUUUGUGGGAGAAAACAGAGAUCUCCUGUACAAAGCUAUCAAGGAGGCUUCAGUGUUCUAUCCUUGGGGCCUGUCUAAAGAAGCAGUUUCCUUUUGCAAAGGGUUGCUGACCAAAAAGCCAACGGAGCGACUGGGCUGUGGUCCGGAAGGGGAGCGGAACAUCCGGGAGCAUGCCUUCUUCCGGCGCAUCGACUGGGAACGCCUCGAGAGCAGAGAGAUCCAGCCUCCCUUCAAGCCAAACGUGUCGGACAAAGGGGUAGAAAACUUUGACAAGUGUUUCACGCGCAAACCGCCUCUGUUCACACCCACGAACCAGAGGGUCAUCAACAUGAUAAACCAAAAACAAUUUACUGGCUUCUCCUUCAUCAACUCUGAAUCCCACAGUCCAUGA